AAUGUGUGAUACAACGGUUACCUUCUGUGCAGGACAAUUCACACAAAUAACUAUAUAUUAAUGGGUGAUAUUGCGUGUGAAUUCUGCAAUAACAAUGGCAAAUACCCUCCACAGAAUCUGUGCUAUGAUUCCGAUUACCUACCGUAUAUACAAAAUGUCUACCUGGAUGGAGACGAUUCAGAUUAUAGCGAUUACUCAACAGAACAGGUAGAAUGUGAUGUUUGUAGCGGUAAAAGCACAGAAAAUGGAUUCAGCAAACAUAGCGACUCAGGAAGUAAGAGCACGAGUAAUACCAGUAAACGCUAUCAACCAUUCACACCACGUAGAAAGCAACAUACACUAGAUAGCAAUGCGUCAGUAACUUCUAGCAGAUGCACUAUAACCAGUAAGGCAACAUCGCAGGCAACCUGUGCUACAAGUAGUAGAGGAUCCAUCAGCCCACAACAUAGCCCAUCAAUGCAAAUGAAAUCACGAUCAAUAACCGAUAGAAGAUAUAAAUUCUGCGGUAAAACCCUCUGCCAAUCGAAGGUCCCCAAAUUUAGGAAUAUGGUCAUACCACUGGAAAAUGCAUCGAACAACGUAGAAGUUAUUGCUCGAUUUUUACCCAAAAAGAUCGAUCAACCCCGUGUUCAGACUCCUAGGGCAUGUACAAUGAGAAUAGCAAUACAAAUACCACAAGUAGAUCAGGGACAUUUCAACAAAAAGGAGACAGACAAACCUCGCGUCGCGACACCGCGAUGGAAAAAAUGAAAAUACAUAGAUAUAAUA